GGGCUCCCUCCCCCGCGGAGGACCCCUCCCAGGAACCCCGCGGAGGGGGCGCCGCGCCCCCAGGUCUGCAGAGGGGGGGGCGGCACCAGCCCGGGUCCCGGACCCUGAAGGUGCAGCGGGUCCCGGACUGCUCACGCCCCCGCCUCCACCUGCCACCCGUGGGGCACUUAGCGGACCGGAUCCCCGGUGCCCCGCGCGGUCCCCGGGGCACCGGAGCGGCCCGGCUGGGCGUACGUUGGCACGAUUGUGGAUUUAGGGAAACGGAGGCGGGUGGGGUGGAGCCGGGCCUGAGAAAGCGACGGAGAACCCAGAUUUAUGCUUUAACAGAUCGACACCUUGAGGCUGUUUCCAGGGCCAUCAAUGGCACAAUGGCCGCCCGCCCCUCCGCCCUCAGCGCGUGCGUAGUCCCCGCCCGCCGGAUGUUGACGGCGUCGCCUAGCAACGGGAGAUGGCGGAGCCUGGCAGCAGGGCCAACGGGGCCCGCAGGGAAGGAGAUGCAGCGAUUGAAGGAGAGGAGGAUGGGACCCCCGCGGGCGAGGGGCCCCAGGCAUCCACGGAGGAGACCCCCGGAGACCAGACCAGUGUAGGAGCCACAGAUGCUGCAGAGCCUGCUGAGGGGGAGGCCACCGCCCCGGGGGAAGCCCCGCCCUAUGGAGAAGUCCCACCUGAAGGAGAAGAGGAGGAAGUCAUGCCUGAAGGAGAAGAGGGGGAAGGAGUGCCUGAAGGAGAAGAGGGGGAAGUGGCGCCCGAAUGGGAAAUGGAAAACGAGGAGUCGGUGGAGAUGGGAGGGGAGCUGGAGGAGGAAGGGGAGCAGGAGUCUGAUGUGAAAAUCGUGUCCUCUGAGGGGAAAGCCAGCUCCACAGAGGUCACCUACUCAGACACCAGUCUUGGGGACAAGGCCGGGGACUCGGAGUCCGCCCAGCAGGCAGCAGGCUUCUCUGAGUGGCCGGGCCAGGAUGCUUCCAGAUUUAGGCUCAGCCAUUCGACAGAGUCUGAUGAGGAGCUCCAGCGGGGCCCACCGCACCCCCUGCGGCCGAGCUCGAGGGGCCGGAUCCCAUCCUCGGACGAGCUGUCCCUGACCUCAGAGGAGUCCUUGGCCCCGGAGCCAGGCAUGGCCGCCCCGGCGUCCCGGCAGCACCCCAGGCCCGGGCCCCCGCCCUCCUUCCUGGACAGGAUCCAGCACCUCAGCCUCUCCGAGGAGGGGGUCGCAGAGCCGCCGGGGUCGGAGGGCAGCGACGAGCCGGACGAGGACGUGUCCCACCUGGUGGUCUUGGACCCCAACCACCCCCUGAUGCUAAGGUUCCAGGCCGCGCUGAACAGCUACCUGAACCGGCAGGUGGAGAAGCUGCAGCUGGAGCUGCUGGAGCUGGGCGUGGCUUCCAAGCAAAGCCAAGCGCAGCGGCAGGAGCUGGGCGUGGACCUGUACGGGGUGCAGCAGCACAUGGCGGCCCUGCAGGUGCAGCUGGAGAAGUGCCACGACCGCUACUCCCUGGCCACGUGCGCCCGGCAGCAGACAGAGGAGGAGCUGCAGCGCAUGCGCCUGCUCUACACCCGCACCUGCGAGGCCGCCAACGCCGAGCGCAAGAAGCUGGCCGCGUUGCAGACCGAGAUGGAGCACCUGGCGCUGAACCUGUUCUACAUGCAGAACAUCGACCAGGACAUGCGGGACGACAUCCACGUGAUGAAGCAGGUCGUGAAGAAGUCGGAGGCGGAGCGGGCGCGGGCCGAGCGGGACAAGAAGCAGCAGGACCUGCACGUGGACCAGCUCACCACCCGGGCCCAUGAGCUGGAGGAACAGAUCGCCCUGUUCGAGGCCCAGUCAGGGGCCCAGGCGGAGGAGACCCAGAUGCUCCGGAAAGCCGUGAGCGAGGCCUGCGCGGAGAUCGACACCAUCAGGAUGGAGAAGAAGCUCAUCCUGCAGCAGUGGGCCGUCUGCCUGGUGGGCAUGAAGCGCCGCGACGAGGCUCACAGGACCAUCCAGGAGGUGCUCAGCGAGUGCCAGCACCAGCUGAAGGCGGCGGACGGCGAGGUGGAGGCCUACAAGCGCUCCAUCGUGCAGGAGGAGGAGCGGAACGAGACGCUGGCCCGCGUGCUGCGCCGCGCCGAGGCCGAGGGCCGCCUGCUGCAGAAGCUCACGGCGCAGUGCCUGGCGCGGCAGGAGGCGCUGCAGAGCCAGCUCAGCACCUACCAGCUGGUGCUGCAGGACACGGAGGGCCAGCUGAGCACCGUGCGCGGGGAGCACAAGGAGAUCAGGGCCGAGCUGGUGGCGGUCCACCAGUCCAUCCGGCAGGAGCUGGACCUGCGGCGGGACCUGGACACGGCCAUCGUGCGGAAGCUGCAGGAGCAGACGACCUCGAACAAGAUGACCAAGUACUUCCACCAGCUGCUCCACAAGCUGCAGAAGCAGAAGACCAACCUGGUGACACACCUCUCCAAGAUCGACGGCGACAUCGCCCAGGCCACGCUGGACAUCACCCACACCAACUGCCGGGCGGACACGCACCGGGAGGCGCUGGCCGAGCUGGACAGGGAGGUGCAGAAGGCCAACGAGCUCAUCGGCAACAGCGAGAGCGAGAUCACCCGACGCACCAUCCUCAUCGAACGCAAGCAGGGCAUCAUCAACACCCUCAACAAGGAGCUGGAGCAGAUGGUCUCCGAGAUCGGGGUGGGCGCCGGGCCGCGGCCGGCCUCGGGGAGGCACCCCAGCCUGCGCCCCCGGAGGGCAGGCCUCUCACCAGAGGCCCCCGACCGCGGGCGGGUCUCCCCGCAGGGGGAAGAGCUGGGGCCGCUGGAGCUGGAGAUCAAGAGGCUGAGCAAGCUGCUGGACGAGGUGGGCGCCAAGGUGACGCAGGGGCAGGUGAACUGGCUGCGCCUCCAGCAGGACAUGGUGCGGGCGGCGCAGGAGCGCGAGGAGCAGCUGGCCGCCCUGAGCCUCUUCAGCAAAGAGGUGCGCGUCCUGGAGCAGAAGAAGCUGAGGACCGAGAAGAAGAUCGAGCAGGAGAAGAGGGAGCAGAAGGACAUGGAACGGCACAUGAAGGACCUGGACAACGACCUGCGCAAGCUCAACCUGCUCCUGAGCCGCAACCGCAGCAGCUCCGAGGGCCUGCAGCAGGCCAACCUGCUCGCCGAGAGCCAGUUCCUGCACGCGCUCAAGGCUGCAGAGAGGGAGACCAUUGAGAUGCAGGACAAGCUGGAGCAGCUGAACCAGGAGAAGAUGUCGCUCCUCAACCGCCUGGUGGAGGCCGAACACCAGAUCCUGCUUUGGGAGAAAAAGAUCCAGCUGGCGAAGGAGAUGCGGGCCUCGGUGGACUCGGAGACGGGCCAGAAGGAGAUCCGGGCCAUGAAGGCGGAGAUCCACAGGAUGAAGUUCAGGCACAAGCAGCUGCUGAAGCAGCAGGAGCGGAUGAUCCGGGACAUGGAGCUGGCCGUGGCCCGCAGAGAGACCAUCUCCACCCAGGCCGAGGGCCAGCGCAAGAUGGACAAGAAGGUGCUCACCCGGUCGGACUUCCACCACAAGCAGUUGGAGCUGCGGCGGAAGAUCAGGGACCUUCACAAAGCCACCGAGGAGACCAGCAGAAGCAUCGCGGAGAUGGAAGAAAGACAAAAGCGCAUGAGCAGCUCCCUGCACGAGAAGCAGGCGCAGCUGUCCACCAUGCAGGCCCAGGCCGAGGAGCUCGACGCCACCCUGGAGCAGCUCGUGGCCCAUAAGCGGCAGAACUUCUCCGAGCUGGUGACCCUGCAGACGCGCCUCAAGCACCUGCAGGCGGUGAAGGACGGCCGGUACGUGUUCCUGUUCCGCACCAAGGCGGCGCAGGUGGAGGAGCGCAGGCGCCUGGACCACCGGCUGGCCGCCAUCGGCGCCAUCCUGGACCACGUGAAGGACGAGCACCCCCAGUUCCAGGAGGCCCUGCUCAAGCUCAGACAGACGAUCGCCAGCCAGCUGGACGCCCCCGGUCCCUCCUAGCGCGCAGCCCUGCCCGCACCUCCCAGGCCGGCCGGGAAGAGACCAGGGUGCUGCGUAUUCCCUGGGAGCCAUAUGUUUUUGUGUCCCUGGGAGCCACGUCCACCCGCAGAGAAUGACGCUGAGAGAACAGGCCAGCGCUGCAGGACACUCUGGCCACCCGCUUGUUUAAACCAAGUCACUUCCCGCGUUUAGGCAGGUCAUCCCUUCGCAGAGGCAGCGCCCGGGAGGCAGACCCUAUUCCCAGGUGGACGGAGCACGUGCUCCCCUGAGCACCACCUGGGCUGUGGAGGCUCCCGUUUCUGCACGUGCGCAUCUGCAGACUCACACCCACCUCCUCCUGGGCAGCUUCUCCUCCCACCCCACAGAGAACCCGGGUCCCUUCUCCUCCCCCACUCCUAGCCAGCGUUAAAUCCAGACUCUCCCCCGGAGGGAGAACGAGCUUACAGAGAGCCGAUGGCUGAAAUAAGACAGACCCGUCCCAGGGCCGCCCACUGGUCCCGCCUCCAGGGUCGGAGCGCCCUCCUCCCGCACCCGGUCCCCCAGCACCUGUUAGCCGGCCUCUCUGCAGUGUAACGGGAAGGGUUCUACAGAAUUUCAC